AUGCUGGUGGCCUACCUGUCGUCCUUCGGCUCAGCUUUGGGCCGCUUAGUCGCGGUGGUGGGCUCGGCCGUCGCCCUGAAGGAGCUCUUUCUGGUGCUGAGUGUGCACUGCAAGCAGCUGGCCAGUAGUGCCGGGGAGAGAGUUUUGGAGGUUGGCUAUCCAUUCGCCACCCUCAUGGGGGCGGGAGCUGGGCAGCCGAAGAAGAAGGCCUCUGACAGUUUCUUCACGGACAAGUUCCCGCUUCUGCAAAAGAUGAAGCGACCGGUGUUGGUGGCCUUUUUCCUCUACUGCUUCCACAGGGGCUGGGUGGGGCGGUGGGGGCUGCUAAGUGGGAUGAUGGCUUCAUCCUACUUCGACAUGCUGGCAGUGCCUCUUCGGGUGCUCGAUAAGAGUCCCUUUCGUGGACGUGCAUAUAUCGUCACCCAGAUCUACGUAGACUACUUGUUUAAGCUGACCGGCUACCUCAUCAAUGUGGCAAAGGGGAAGGCGAAGUUCCCACCGGAUUUUUCGCAAAUGUUCACUCCACCGGGCGGUGCCGCUGGUGCGAAUCCCUUUGGUGCACCAGGUUGGAGGUGCUUAGACAUUGCCAUGGCGGUCCGCUGUGCACUGGCCCUACUCGCUGCUUCCGCUGCAGCACAACUCUGCAAGGAUCAGGGUUGCAUCCCAGUGUUCAGGAGCGGUGCACGGUGCCAGUGCUUCCCGGGCUGUGAUCGCUACGAAGACUGUUGCUCAGACUACAGGACCGAAUGUUUCGACUCCGCGGGACAAUUUCGGACGACCGUCGUCGUUGAAGGAGGCUUCGAGUCACAGACCGAGACCACUUCACGGCCGCCGCGCCCGCAACCCCAGAAGCCCGUGCACUCGAGCCCAUCUCACAGCGAAAGCUGCGCGACUCGCGGCUGCAGUAGCGACUUCGAGCCCGAACGGCCCUGUCAGUGCAAUUCUGAUUGUACUCUCCACGACAGUUGCUGCCACGACUUCGCAGAAUCUUGUGGCACGAAGGGCGCUGAGAGCACCGAAACACGAUCUUGCAGGACCUAUGGCUGCGGGGAGCUUUAUGUGAAAGGUCAGAACUGCCAGUGCAACCCCUCUUGCAAGGGGCACGACGAUUGCUGUCCAGACUACCGCGCCGUCUGCCCACGUCAAGCGAGUGGUGGCUCGUGCAAGAGCUAUGGCUGCAGGGAGCUCUAUGUGGACGGUCAGACCUGCCAGUGCAAUCCUUCUUGCACACAACAUGACGACUGCUGUGCAGACUAUCGUUCUGUUUGCCCACAUCAAGCGAGCGGCGGCUCUUGCAAGAGCUAUGGCUGUGGCGCUUUCGAUCAGGCACAGAGCUGCCAGUGCAACGAAGCAUGCCUUGAUCAUGGCAGCUGCUGCAGCGACUACCAAGCAACCUGUGCCGCCACCGGCACCGGAGUUGAAGCUACUGAUGCUUCUUCCGGCUCGGUGAAGGCAUCCUGCGCUGCGUACGGCUGUGUGCCCUUCGAUGCCCACAAUGACUGUCAAUGCGACUCCGAGUGUUUGCGGCACAAGAACUGCUGCCCGGACUUUGCGGCGCACUGCUCUUCCAGACCGAUCCGAGCCCCGCAACGUGGGCCGGGCUCGUGUGCAGAGCUUGGCUGUGAAGCCUUCAGCCCGGCGGCGAUGUGCCAGUGCAACGAUGAAUGUGCCCGGAGGGGAGACUGCUGUGCGGAUUACGAGGCAACUUGCCACCUGCCGAAGGAACCACUCGGCAGCUGCGCCAUUUUCGGCUGCAUUGGCUUCAGGCAGGGUAAUGACUGCCAGUGCGACCCAGCAUGCCAGAAGCAUGGCAACUGCUGCAGCGAUUACUCUGCCUAUUGCAGCAUGCAUGCUGAGAAGCUGCACGGUGCCAAUCCCUUCGGUGCUCCCGGUUCCAACCCCUUCGCUGAUCUCGGCGGCAGCAAUCCUUUCGACCUAGGCGGCAUGGCUGAUGCUGCACCCCCAGGCGGCCCCUAUCAGGCACCUCCUGUGCAGCCAACAGACAUGCCCACGGCUCCGACCGUGCGCACUGCCACGCCCCC